UUUGAUUUAAUCACAAACCAGAAAAUUUCACUAAUAAUAAUUAUCUUCGUCCAGAGUUCACUAAACUCGAAUCAAGGUGAAAGCAUCUCCCAGGUAUUCACAUUUCAUUCAGCCAUGUUUGCAGUGUUGCUAUUUGUCCUUCUUUUCCUUGCGAUUAUUUAUUUUAAACUGGUAGUGCCCUUUUUUUACUGGCAACGUCGCGAUAUUUUUUACGUCAAACCAUGGACCCGUUUUCGGAAAGUGUUUUUGGGGAAAGAGUCAUUUGCUGAAGCUGUCAUAGCUGCUUACAACGAACAUCCCGAUAAAAGAUACUAUGGCAGUUACCAAUUCCUCCAACCGUCGCUCUUUGUCCGCGAUUUGGAUCUAAUCAAAUCAAUAACAGUGAAAGAUUUUGAACAUUUCACAGACCACUCGGCUUUUACAAACGAGAAAACCGACCCUAUUCUUGGGCUUAAUUUAUUUUCCUUGAAGGGCCAGAAAUGGCGCGAGAUGAGAUCGACCCUAAGUCCAGCUUUUACCGGAAGCAAAAUGCGAGCGAUGUUCACACUAAUCGCACAAACCGCGGAAAAUUUCACUCAACACUUUCUAGGUCAAGGCGAAAGUGUUGUCCAAGUCGAAAUGAAGGACAUUUGUACGAAAUUCACCAAUGAUGUGAUUGCGAAUUGCGCUUUUGGAAUCGAAUGCGACUCGUUGUUAAACCCAGGGAACGAGUUCUACAAAAUGGGCACUCUUGUGUCCAAACCAACGCCUUGGAGGCUCCUCAAAAGCCUCCUCUACGGUUUUUUCCCGAAGAUUUUUGAGUUUUUCCGAAUUCCAGCUCUCCCCUCUACAAUUUCCGAUUUUUUCCUCCGGAUUAUCAAAGAUGCGAUUACUAUAAGGGAAAAGCAAGGGAUCCUAAGACCUGAUAUGAUCCAUCUGUUGUUGGAGGCCCGAAAAGGACGACUAAAACAUGACCAAAUCGAGCCAAAUUCACUCGAUACUGGUUUUGCAACAGUUCAAGAGUCACCAAUUGGGAAAAAUGAAAACUCACUAAACAUCACAGACGAACUUAUCACAGCACAAGCUCUAGUUUUUUUCAUUGCUGGCUUCACCACUUCGUCUAGUUUGAUGAGUUUCCUAGCCUACGAACUUGUGGUGAAUCCAGAAAUCCAGAAAAACUUGCAAAAAGAAAUUGAUUUGGUCAUGGAAGAGAGAAUCUCCUACGAACAAGUCCUCAAAAUGAAAUUCUUAGACCAAGUCGUGUCCGAAGCCUUGAGGAAAUAUCCUCCAGGUUAUGUCCUGAACCGGAUUUGUGUCAAGGAUUAUGUCAUCAGGCCGAAACAAGAAGGAGAAAAAGUGGCAAUUAUUGAAAAAGGAUGUUUGGUUGCAAUCCCGGUCAUUGCCUUGCAUUACAGUCCCGAGUUUUUCCCCGAACCGGAAAAAUUCAUCCCUGAUCGGUUCAGUGAUGAAAACAAAGGGAAAAUCUUACCAGGGUCCUACAUACCAUUUGGGAUAGGACCACGAAAUUGCAUUGGUUCACGGUUCGCUCUUCUGGAAAUCAAAGUCUUGCUCAUUAAUCUCUUAACAAAGUUUGAUUUAGUUCCCGUAGAAAAGACAGUGAUUCCGCUCAAAUUUGCUAAAACUUUAGGUCUAGAUGCAAAAGGGGGAAUUUGGGUUGGUUUAAAACGUAGAAAAUUGUAAUUUGUAUUUUUUAUUAAUAAAUAGUGACUUUUCUUGGUUUUA